GGUCAAGGUUCGUCUUGUAUACGGAUUGUCGUCCACUGAUAUUUCAUAGUUGGUUAAACGCGAGCUUCAUGACCGUGAAGUCCAAAGACAUUCAUCAUGAUAGCGCUCCAGUCCUUGGUUCAGGCUCCUUGUACGUUUUUUUUCCAGCCUCUUUCAAUGUUCGAAUUUACAGAAGAUACCGGACCGGUCUAGCUAGAGCAGGUCCGUUCCUGCUAUUACUAUUAGCAUCAAAAGUUAUAUAGUUCGGAUACAUGUCCUGCGACUGAAUCGAAAUCUUUGAUUCAGUCUCAACUGUCGCGUGGGACAUGUCAGCCUCCGAAAUAUAUAAGACUCAUCGCCGCCCCCCUAACCUCUCUUCAUUCCGUCUUUUAUCGUUGCUUCACGUUUAUCACGUAUCCAGCACAUCAAUAUCUUUAACACCUUUAUUCAUUCCACUAUGCCCGUCGAUAUGGAACAACACUUCAGCUUCAGGCCAGAUGCCCAGUCUUCACCACGCAACCCUGCUAAGCAACGCAAAGGCAAAGUUCGCUCCUUCCUCCCGGGCUUCGUCGAUCGAGCCAUCUUCCGUACCAGGCCGGUCUCAUAUCCUGACUCAUCACUUCCAAAGGUUUCCCCAACCACCAAUGACGAUUCCCUUGCAAAGAAGACUCACGUCCUCGACCGCCUUCAGGCACAACUGAAGUCCAAACGCGUGGAGACGAAGAAGCCGAGAGUGACAAACACGGGCCUACCCACUUCGCUUGUCGCUACCAACAAGGAACAGAAGGCUGCUCCCCCAGCCGUCAAUGAGGCUCAACGUCAUAGCAGUACUUUUCAAGACCAGCUCGACCCUGACCGUAAGGCGAUGCAGUCAGAGAUGUCCCAGAUUAUCGAGGCCUACGACUACAAGUUGCGCGACCUCAACGAGCUGAAUAUGCGACAGGGCGCUCAGGUCAUCAAGCUCCAGUCCAGGCUCUUCGACCAGGACGAACACAUUGCGCACUUGGAGAGCUUGGAGAUCUGCAAUCCUGUGGUCGAGACUGUUGCUCGCAAGACCAGUAAGCAAAAUCUCGAGGCCGCAUCUCCACCGGACACUGGUUCCCAAGGUGGGUUGAUGGAGGUCCAUGCCAUCGCGGUGCGUGAACCGAGACCUCAGCCAACGGAACCGGCAGUGGCUUCCAGAAGGAACUCCACGGUGAAGCACGAGCCAGAGCGACGACGAAGAUUAGUCAAACCGCAACGCGACAUUGUUCAUGAUACUUCCGAGCGCCCCAAGGACGACGACCCAUUCGCUUCGGUGCCAAAUCACGCACCACAUCGUAGAAGUCUAAGCUUCGGACAGACACUGGUAGCGCGUUGGCCCAAGGCUCUUGUGGCCCUUUCGGACGCGCAUCGCAAGAAAGACGAACAGCGUCCUGCCCACGCUCGUCGUGACCACCAGCCAGAUUUCAAGGUCUAUCAGGAUCAAAUUGCUGCGCUCACCUCAGAACGUGAUACGCUUGCUCGGGAGCUCAAGCGCAGCACUCGAAUGGCGGACUCGAAUGCUGCCAUGCUCUGCAACUUGGAACUGCAGGCUCAACGUCUACUCUCCGAGCAUGACGCUCAUGUUCUUGAGCACCAGCAGGAGAAGGCACUCUUACAGCAACGAGUCUGCGAACUCGAAACCGAGCUCGAGAAGACCACCGCAUCAGCUUUGCGAGCACAAGAGUAUUGCAAGGUGGAGCAUGGAAAUAACUUGGAAGAAUUCAUCAUGCUGUUCAGGGAGAACGCGGAGCAGGGUGAUCUGAUCGAGACCCUCAAGCACGAUUUCGCAGAGCAAGGUACUACGCUCGAGAGGUUGCGUAUUCAGCUGGACCUGGCGAACAGUGCACAGGCGAUUAUGAAGCGCAAGCUCCGGAAAAUGGAGAUGGCAUCCCAAGAAGCACCGGAGAAUAUCAAGCCGCUCCACGACGCUCCACCGAAGGCUCAAGACAACAUUUAUCGAAGCCUGAAGAAACACUUAUCGCGGAGCGGCAACCCUAGACCUCAACCAUCACGCCAAGGAUCCUUACCUGCUACUCAAGAGAUCGCGAAGAACGAGAGUGCGAUCGCGGAACACCCCAUCCAGUCUCCUCUUGCCACUUCCCGCCUUCCUUCGCCGCCGCCGCCGGCCUCCGCUCACAAGGUUGAUGGUGUCGCUUCUGAGCACGCCCGCAGGAGGCUUUCGCGCCCACCAGCGAAUCGUCCUAUCACUGAGCCAUCCUCACGGGAUGUUCCCAAUGACACCUUAGACGUCUCCACGGCAUCAAUCUUCAGUGACGGUGGCGUUGAUUUGCUCAUGCC